AUGAUUGGGACUCUUCACGCCAAUAAAAAUGAAAAACGGUUUCGUAAAGUGGGCUGGCCUUUCUUUACCUCGAUGCCAAAGCAGGUUACAACACCAAAGGAAUUCCUCGCUCUUGCCGCCCGCUCUGAUGCCAAGUGGGUCAAGGUUAAAAAGUCAAGUGAUGAGAACACAAAGUUCAAACUUCGCACAACAAAGUAUCUUUAUACACUUACAGUUAAGCCAAAGUUUGUCGAACUUGUUCAGAACUCUAUCCCAGAGUCCCUUGAAGUUAUCGUCCUUGACAAGAAGGCUGAAUAA